CCUAAUUCUUGCGCCAAGCAAACAAACACCAAAAAAGUUCAACUGGACGACGUCAAGGAUAGGGGUUACUUAGCGCGAAACCGCCUAUCAUGGCCUUCCACCAACCGGCCCGUCAGCUCCAGCAACAACGAAAUCGCCUUCUCUCGAGCGAUGGCUCUUCAGCUGUCUUCUCGCCGCAACCGCCAGGUCUGGGCGAGUCGCAGACAUGGGUUCUCUUCACGCCCGGCACCGACGCCGGCACAACAGCUUCCUACCUCAGCGACUCUCUCCAUGAUGACCACCAGCAGGUGACACCCGGCCGGUCGCAGGCUAGCGACCUCGGUAGCUUCGACACCGCGGCCCGAUCCGACCUUAACUCGCAAAACCACAAUUCGGCACUGCCCUCGGAUUUCCUUGAGGAAAGCGUCGCGGAGGAAGAGGACGAGGAAGAGGAGGAUCCCGAGUUCGACAGUCUUGACAGCCAUCUUCCAGACUUUCGAACGCCCCUCGGGCAGUCGCCGCAAAAUUCGUAUGCGAUGCCUGUUUUCCCCAGCCAUGACGGCAUGGGUUCGUUUCAGUUCAAGCCUCCGGGUAUGAGCAGCGACAUCCAAGACAGACUAUACCAGUUCGAGCUACUCAACCCCAACCGCAUUCAGCGCCGUAAUGAUGCGCUCGAACAGAUUCAUAUGGAAUACGGUGGCCAAGAGGUGGAAGAUAACGAGCGCAACCGGAGGAUAGAGGCAUGGCGGCUAGAGCAGAGCAAGCUGCUGCUUGAGAGAAUCAGGAAGGAGACAAGGAGAAGGCAAUCGCAGAAUUCGCUACGCACCGCAAACUCCGCCACGAGCGUGGGCGAUAAGGCCGCGAGCGUGUUGGACCAGCUCGAGCAAGACGAUACGGCAAGCCUCGCAAGCGAUGACUGGCAUGAUCACGAUGACGAAUACAAGGCCCAGUCCGCCAGCACAGAAACACUCAAAAAAGAGGCAACCAACGAGGAGCCAAGCGAAGGGAUAAUAGGCCGCACAAGAGAGGCAAUCUGCAACCUGAUAGGAGUCGACGACAGGCUACUCGCAAUUCUCCUAGGCGAAGCCCUCCCUGACGAGGAAGAGCUGUCCACUACGCCUACGGCAUCCACGACUAUGAAUGUCGACUCACAGGUGAAGACGUCCGAGGAUUCGACAUGGCAGUUGCGCAUGCUAAACCGGAUAGCGAAAGAACUCGGGAUGCUGAUUCACCAACUAUCAACCUCUCCCCACCCCGGCGCGUUUUCCACCUACACCCGGGUCCAGCAAAUGCCCCUCCCAUACGCCGGCCUACCAGUUAUACCCGAGACCUCGGCCGUUACCAACAACGAUUCUUCGUCCAAGGAUAGUCUCCGCACAGGCAGUAACGUGGUGUCCAACAUGCCCCAGUUUCAACCGACCAUCACCCAGCCCGUCACAACCCCUACCGACUCCGAACAAGGACAGGCUUCCGCUGCCAUCCCCGCUCCUUCAGAACUUACAUCCUCCAAACUUACCACGUCCACCGGGCCGGCCCCGUCCGACGUGACCUCCACAACAGGGGGAGCACUACCCACCACCGCCUCUUCUCUUCCCCAACAACAACAACAACAACAACAACAACAACUAACCUUCACCCAAGACGAAUGGGAACAAGAGCUCGACAUCGGUCUCAUAUUCCGCUACCUCCGCUCGCGCUUCUCCCCUUCCUCCCGGUCCCCCUCACCCACCUCCUUCUCCGGACCAACCCUCACCCCUCCCUCCUCUUCCAUCUUUGCCACCGCUUCUACCGCCGACCUAGCAGCCAAAGCCGCUCGCGUAAGACAACACCAUCCUCUGAUGUCCCACCAUCGUCGCCCUCACCACGCCCCCGCUACGCGCAGCUUCAAAGUCAGCACUCCUUCCGGCCCCAGCAACAUCGCUUCCCCCACCAACGCGGCGGCAGCAGCGGCGGCGGCCGUGGUGUCGGUGAUGAGGCAGAGGGCAGGGAGCUGUGCUAGUCAGAGUACGCAGCGGAGCGCUACUAGGACGACGGGGCGAGGGAGUGUGAAGAGGAGGAAUAGCGGGGCGUCGACGGCCACGGGGAGGGUGAGUCAUGGAAGUAGGCAUUAUUGGGAUCUCCCCAAGGGGCCGGGGAGUGUAAAGGGCGGGAGUGUGGUUGCGGGAGCAGGAGGGGGGAUGGGGAGUUGGGGGGAGGUUUGA